AUGGCAAGACCCAAGAACCCCAGUCGUAGGGGCUCAAAACACAAGGAACCUGUUACCUACAACAGUCGUCAGGUUCAAGUUGGAAGUGGGCAAACCUCGGACUCUAUUGAUGAAGCUGUGCCGCAGAAGGAUAUGGGUAAAUCUAAACCACCUGGGAAGAAGUGCAGCCCCGCAUCGAUUAUAUCAAUUGUCGAGAAUGGUAUAACAAAUGCAAGGAUAGAACUAAUAAAGAAGCUCGGAUUGGAUUUUGUUUUCCAUUUGAAGAUGAAAAGGUUUGACAGCGAGCUCCAAUACGUCUUACUCCAAAACCCCUCCAGUGUGCGAAGUUUUUGUAGAACUUGA